UUUAGCAGAGCUACAACUCAUCCACAGAGUGCCCUGAUGGAGGAAACUAGCCUUGGCUGUGUUUGCAAGCAAAAGAUAUGCUCCUUAAUUGAUAUUUUCAUGAAGAGGGACCACAUGAGAGAUCUCAGAAGAUACCUGGUACUCAAAUAUAUCCAGUACUUAGUCUUGCCUUCUUCGAAUACUCUCCUCACACUUCUGGGAUUGUUGGGCAGCCUAUAUACAACACUCAUCUUGAAGUCUCCAAAUAUUUCAUACAAAUGCACUGUUGUUUUUAUUUCACAUCUAGCAAAAGCAGACAGUCUUGUUUUUGUUAGCAUGGUUUCCAAAAGGAUCGUACAGACAUUUGAUGCUCAAAUCCUACCUGCAACCUUUACAACAACCCUGUUGCAGAAUUUCCUUACUGCAAACACACACAUUAGUUACAUGCUGCUAAGCUGCGUUGCCUGUGAGGCUCUUUUGAUAACCCUGUUUCCAGCAGAAUCUCGCCAUAUAAGAACGGUGAAGCAUGCCAGACAGACAUCUAAUAUAAUAUGGAGUUUAGUGAUUGCAGAGUGCAUCAUAUUUCAGAUGGCAGGAUUCCAAGAAGCUGACAUUGCCUCUUUUGGCAUCAACAGUCGAUAUAUUUGGUUGUUCCAUUUCUCUUACAUGGCAGCAUCUCUCCUCAGAUCACUUACUUCCUUCAUAGGGUUGUCUUUAAGGAUCAUCAAUGUAUACAUUUACUACAAAAUAUUUUUUAAUGCAUCUAACACAGGGGACAGCAAAACUUGACCCACAGGCCAUAUCCGGCCCCCAAAUGAUUUUAUCUAGCACAUGAGCAGGUGUCAUGGGUGGUGGCUCUGUCUCCAGCCUCUGCUGGUGCC